CGCAACCCGGCAUUCCCGGCAAGACGGCGGGUUGGGGGGCGCCGGAACACGAGGCCAGCAACAAAUUACUUCACGAAGUGGGCGUGACAUCCAUCUUCGCGCUGCCUGAAGUUCGCGCGCGCAUCGAGGAUUGGCCAACGCACAACAUCGUUCGUUCUCUCGUCGGUCAUCGUUCACUUGUUCGCUGCUGCUUCGGCUGUUUCCGCUGCCAUCUGUCAACGCUGUUUACCGCCGACGCCAUUUGCUUAGUGUGCAGUGCUAUUGUUUUUAAGUCGAAAGACAACUCGUGCAGUGAUACUCGUAGUGUGUAAUUUUAAGCCACAUAGUGAUUUAUAGCAUUUGUAUUUUCUUGCAUUUGACAAGUUUUGACAAUGGAGCUGAACGAGCUAAUAGCCGCGCGAGGCUACGUAAAAGGUACGAUUACACGAUUAACUUCACUUGUUUCGACACCGCAGUCAGUUAAAAACUUGUCUAAAGAAAACUUAAUGGCUAAGAGGCAAAAAUUGAUCGACUCCUUUAGUCAAUACGAAAAGCUAAAUAUAAAGAUUUUAACCAUCCAACCAGAGGACAAGGAAAAUGUCGAACUUUUUGAGGAAAACUAUUACAACAUCAUUUCAGUAAUUGACCAAGAACUUAACAGCCGUGAUAAUAGGAAUCACUCAGCUCCAAUGUCCAAAUUGCAUUUACCACCAAUUGAUGUACCAAUAUUUAGUGGUAAGUUCUCGGAUUAUGUACCAUUUAAAAACUUAUUCCACUCAUUAAUAGAUCAAAACGAUUCCAUUGACAAUGUUCAAAAACUGUAUUACCUUCGAUCAUAUUUAAAAAAUGAGCCAUUAGAUCUUGUAAAAAACUUACCCUUGACUAGUGAAAGUUACAGUCAAGCAAUUAAAAUUAUUGAAGACAGAUACAACAACAAACACAAACUCGUUAAUGAGCAUAUUUGUUUAUUGUUGGAUCUUAAGCCAAUCACAAAAUCCACGGCAGUUAAUUUAAGAGAAUUUGUGUCCAAUGUAAAACAACAAAUAUCUGCUUUAAGUAAUUUGGAGCCAAACGUAUCAUUUUGGGAUGCUAUAAUAUUAUGUAUUUUGUACCGCAAAUUAGAUGCAUACACGUCACGUGCAUUUCAAAUGGAAAGAGAUGCCACGAAGGAGCCAACUAUCAACACCUUCCUUGAAUACUUGGAUAAGAGAGCGCUGGCGCUUGAGAAUGCUGAUCCGGGCUUCCACGGGCAGCAACGCCAGCCGCAAAAGGAGCAAGGCAAUGCCGUUGGUAGAAUGGUAGCCUACACAGCUGUGCAGGAGCCUACAUGCUUAUACUGUGCUGCUGCCUACAGAGCUGCCGGUGCUGCCUGAGCGCCAGCAGUCUGCAUCAGAGGCCGGCACUCCGCAACCACAUCUUAUCAACACUUAUUUUGGAUACAUAAUUGGAGGUACCCUACCACAUAUUUCAUCUAAGGUCUGCAACAAGGUAACGUUAAAGUGUACUACUUGUGAGUCUGACAUUAAUGAAACCUUAAGUAAAUUUUGGAAGACAGAAAGCGUUCCUCAGAUCUAUGAUGAAAGGUCAUCAGAGCAAGAGCUCUGCGAGUAUAUUUUUAAAAGUACUGUUCAGAUAAAAGAAAAUUGUUUUGAAGUCUCUUUACCUUUAAAAUUACCUCUUGAUGAAAUCAAUGAUGCACUAGGUGAUUCCUUUAAUUUUGCUUUAAAAAGGUUUUUAAACUUAGAGAAAAGGCUGCAUAAUGAUCCAUAUCUUUUUAUUGAGUACCAAAAAUUUAUUCAUGAUUAUAUUAACUUGCAACAUGGCCAAUAUGUAGAUAUUGAACUGUAUGAAUUGAAUAAAAAUGCAGUUUAUUUCUUGCCUCA